AAUUUAUCCAGGGCUACCUCCAACAUGCAGCCUCCUGCCAUGGUGUCUCUGCUGCUUGUGUCUAUGGGCCUCAUGGAAGCACUUCAGGCCCAGAGCCAUCCCAUCACUCAACGAGACCUCUUCUCUCAAGAAAUGCCCCUGGACAUGGCCCCAGCCUCCUUUGAUGACCAGUAUGCUGGCUGUGCAGCAGCCAUGACAGCUGCUCUCCCGGAUCUCAACCAAACAGAGUUCCAGGCCAACAAAGUGUAUGCUGAUGGCUGGGCACUGGCAAGCAGCCAGUGGCAAGAGCGCCAGGCCUGGGGACCAGAGUGGAGCCCCAGCCCUACCCGCCUGCCCCCGCCACCUCCUGGCUUCCGCGAUGAGCACGGGGUGGCCCUCCUCGCCUACACAGCCAACAGCCCUUUGCACAAGCAGUUCAAUGCAGCCGUACGCGAGGCGGGCCGCUCGCGAGCCUCCUACCUCCACCACUUCUCCUUCAAGACACUCCAUUUCCUGCUGACCGAGGCCCUGCAGCUACUGGGAAGGGGCCAGCGUUCACCCCAGUGCCGCCAGGUGUUCCGAGGCGUACACGGCCUGCGUUUCCGGCCAGCGGCACCUGGGGCCACCGUAAGGCUGGGGGGAUUUGCUUCUGCCUCCCUGCAGAAUGCUGCAGCCCAGCAGUUUGGGGAGGACACCUUCUUUGGCAUCUGGACCUGCCUUGGGGCACCUAUCAAGGGCUACUCCUUCUUCCCCGGGGAGGAUGAAGUGCUGAUCCCCCCCUUUGAGACCUUCCAGGUAAUCAAUGCCAGCAGACCAGCCCAGGGCCCCACCCGCAUUUACCUCCGGGCCCUGGGCAAGCGCAGCAUGUACAACUGUGAGUACAUUAAAGACAAGCAGUGCAAGUCUGGGCCCUGCCGUCUGCAUAACUCAGCCAUGGGUCAAAGCCCCCUUUCUGCAGUCUGGUCUCUCCUACUGCUGCUCUGGCUCCUUGUCGGGGGAACCUUUCCAUAG